AUGUUCGAGCACAAGGGUGUCCACCAGUGCACGUGGCACCAGGACACCCUAGGCCGGAGGUCGAUGAUCGACUUUGUUGUCGUAUCAUCUGACCUUCGACCGCGUGUCUCGGACACUCGGGUAAAGAGAGGGGCGGAGCUGUCAACCGAUCACCACCUGGUCGUGAGUUGGAUCCGCUGGCAGGGGAAGAAGCCGGUCAGACCUGGCAGACCCAAGCGUAUAGUGAGGGUCUGCUGGGAACAUCUCGCUGAGCCCCCUGUCAGACGGACUUUCAACUCACACCUCCGGGAGAGUUUCUCCCAGGUCCCGGCGGAGGAGGGGGACAUGGAGUCCGAGUGGACCAUGUUCUCUGCCUCAAUCGCCGAUGCGGCGGCUCGUAGCUGUGGUCGCAAGGUCUCUGGUGCUGGUCCCGGCGGCAACCCCCGAACCCGGUGGUGGACACCGGCACUGUCCAGUACCGGCAGGCCAAGCGUGCCGCGGCCCGGGCUGUUGCAGAGGCAAAAACCCGGGACUGGGAGGAGUUCGGAGAGUCCAUGGAGCAUGACUAUCGGUCGGCCUCGAAGAGAUUCUGGCAAGCCAUCCGGCGCCUCAGGAGGGGGGAAGCAGUUCUUUGCCAACACCAUGUACGGUGCGGGUGGAGAGCUGCUGACCUCGACUGGGGAUAUUGUCGGGCGGUGGAAGGAAUACUUUGAGGUUCUCCUCAAUCGCCCCGUCACGUCCUCUGUUACAGAGGCAGAGGCUGAGGAUGUUGGGACGGAUACAUCCAUCUCCCUGGCUGAGGUCACCAAGGUGGUUGGCAGCCUCCAUGGUGGCAAGGCUUCGGGUGUGGAUGAGAUCCGCCCUGAUUAUCUAGGGUCUCUGGAUGUUGUGGGACUGUCUUGGCUGACACGUUUCUGCAACAUCGCGUGGCGAUCGGGGGCAGUGCCAAUGGAGUGGCAGACCGGGGUGGUGGUCCCUCUCUACAAGAAGGGGGACCGGAGGGUGUGUUCCAAUUAUCGUGGGAUCACACUCCUCAGUCUCCCCGGUAAGGUCUACUCCAAGGGUUCAUGGGAGUUCGCCCAACCUGUCCACAUGUGCUUUGUGGAUUUGGAGAAGGCGUUCGACUGUGUUCCCCGGGGUGUCCUUUGGGGGGUUCUCUGGGAGUACGGGGUCGGAGGUCCUCUGCUGAGGGCCAUCCGAUCCCUGUAUGACCGGAGCCAGAGCUGUGUUCGCAUUGCCGGCAAAUAUCUAGGCGCAGCCAGGGGUCGGAGGGGGUCCGGUUCGGAGACCACAGGAUUUCAUCUCUGCUGUUUGCGGACGAUGUUGUCCUGUUGGCUCCAACGAACCAGGACCUGCAGCAUGCACUGGGGGGUUGCAGCCGAGUGUGAAGCGGCUGGGAUGAGAAUCAGCACCUCCAAAUCCGAGGCCAUGGUGCUCGACCGGAAAAAGGUGCCUUGCCCUCUGCAGGUGGGUGGAGAGGUCCUUCCUCAAGUGGAGGAGUUCAAGUAUCUCGGGGUCUUGUUCACGAGUGAGGGAAGAAUGGAGCGUGAGAUUGACAGGCGGAUCGGUGCAGCGUGCGCAGUGAUGCGGCCGCUGUAUCGGACCGUUGUGGUGAAGAGGGAGCUGAGCCGAAAGGCAAAGCUCUCGAUUUACCGGUCAAUCUUCGUUCCCUCCCUCACCUAUGGUCAUGAGCUUUGGGUAAUGACCGAAAGAACGAGAUCGCGGAUACAAGCGGUCAAAAUGAGCUUCCUCCGCAGAGUGGCUGGGCGCUCCCUUAGAGAUAGGCUGAGGAGCUCAGUCACACGGGAGGAGCUCGGAGUAGAGCCGCUGCUUCUCCACGUCGAGAGGAACCAGUUGAGGUGGCUCGGGCAUCUGUUCCGGAUGCCUCCUGGACGCCUCCCUGGGGAGGUGUUCCGGGCACGUCCCACCGGGAGGAGGCCCCGCGGAAGACCAAGGACACGCUGGAGGGACUAUGUCUCUCAGCUGGCCUGGGCGCUCGUGUCACUGCCGCUGCGGUUGAUGCUCGGGUCAACCCUCCGCUGA